AGUUAAACUUCAAAGUGACACUCGAUAAAGCGGUGACAACAGAUAAGGCGACAUUUGUGCUAGUUGUCGGUAGCUAGCUAGCAUGGUGAAGGUAUCUAGUCAACAUUUGCUAUCCUGCUAACGUUAAACUACCCGAUGUAAACAUAACUAAGCAGGUGUCGACAAGGCAGACAAAAUAAGAAAAAUCAACCCAAAUGUCAUUUCAAAUGGAUAAAGAGGAAUCGGAGCGGCUAAUAGAGAAGGCGAAGCUAUACUUGCGGACAGGACGGAAAGAUAAAGCCCUGCCAUUGUUGUACGAAGCACAGAAAAUCUACCCCAGCAGCCGUGCCAGAAUUUUGAUAGAUGCGAUAGUGAAGAAUGGAAGUGCAGCUGCCCCUGAGACAGAACGUAUAUAUACACCCCCUCCAGGCUGGAGGACAGGUGAUGAGGGCAGCUCGCCACGACAGCGUGAAUACCACGACACCUUGGGUGGAGCGGAGGAGGCCAGUGAUGACAAGAAGACUUACACCGAGGAGCAGCGUCAAGGUGUGCUCAGGAUAAAGAGAUGUAAAGACUUCUAUGAGAUCCUGGGUGUGCCCAAAGACGCCAGCGACGACGACCUGAAAAAGGCCUACAGAAAACUGGCUCUGCGCUUCCAUCCAGAUAAAAACUUUGCCCCGGGUGCCACUGAUGCUUUUAAAGCCAUAGGUAAUGCGUAUGCGGUGCUCAGUAACCCAGAGAAGAGGAAGCAGUACAAUCAGUACGGCGAUCAGGGCCCAGCCGAGGCCGCCGGCCAGUCCACCGCCCAGCCACGCCAGGCCUACGGACACCACCGCACCUUCCACAGAGACUUUGAGCCCGACAUCACCCCCGAAGAAGUCUUCAACAUUUUCUUUGGCGGGAGAUUUCCGACAGGCAACAUCCACGUGUACACCAACAGAGGAGCUUCAUACUCUCAUUUCUACCAGCCCCGACGUCGCCGUGUUUACGAGAGGCACGAGGAGGAACCAGAGCCCAACCAGAGUCAGAACAACUUCACUGCCUUCCUGCAGCUUCUUCCUGUACUGGUGCUCGUCCUUAUCUCUGUAGUAACCCAGCUCAUGGCAACCAAUCCCCCGUACAGUCUCUUCUAUAAGCCGUCCAUGGGAUUGGUUGUCUCCAGAGAAACACAGAAUAUGGGCGUGACUUACUAUGUGGAUAAGAGCUUUCAGAAGGAGUAUCAAGGGGCAUCUCUGGAGGACCUGGAGAGGGCCAUCGAGAGCGACUAUAUAGACCACCUGCAGAGCAGCUGUUUGAAGGAGAAACAGCAAAAGUCGGAUCUGGCCAACCUGGGUCAGCUUUAUCGGGAUGAGCGGCUGAAGCAGAAGGCAGAGUCUAUGAAGCUUGACCACUGCGACAAACUACAUCGCUUCAUUGGGCGACAGAGGGGCAACUAAGUCGGGGGGCGGAGGUUCAGUUUCUGGGCCCCCCCCCCCAACAUUUUAUGAGAUUUUAGUAUUGGUUAUAUAUUUAAUUUAUCCACAUGGGGUCACUCUUUGGGGCGUGAGGCAGGCAGAGCUGUUUUAGUAGGCGUGCGAUACCUUUUGUCUCCUCGUAUGGGAGAGAGGAUUCAGACACCACACAGCUGCCCCUGGGGUUCUUCAAGCGAUUAGUUUUGUCUGCCUGUUACAACGUUUAAGCUCAGCUUUGUCAGUGAGAGAGUGUGUUUGUGUGUAUGUUUGUGUGUGGGAGCCUGGUUCUUAGUUCCUUACAUUAAGGAACACAGGCUUGUCAACAGGAUUCUUCAGUAAUGGCCGCUUGUUCACACUUCUUUGUCGUAUC